AAAAGUGGGUGACUCCCUACGCCACAUCUUGGCGAAAAUGCCAAAAAGGGUAUUCUCGUAAUUCCGGUAUUCUUCUUCCUCAGAGCUCACCUUCUUCUCUUCGGCUCAACAACUGCUUAUAUUAUCCAUGCCAACAUUUUUCUGUUAACGGUUACUUCUAAAUUCCAGAAUUGUUUUUCUGCUUAUAAUUUUGUGGUUAUCAACCUAGAUUCUCUCUCUCACUACAUAUUAUUACUACUAUUCAAUAUUCAUCAUCUCCGGCUUCGAAUCUCCUCCUUCAUUCAGAGCUAAACCCCACAAAAUCUGAGUUAUAAUCCUUACAUUUAGCUAAAAAAGUUCCGAUCUUUACCUUUAUACGCAACAAAAACUCAGUCCCGGGAGAAAUGAGGAACAAAAAAUCAGUCCCAGAAUCCAGCUUCAGCCGCUUCGAUCUUUUAUCCGAAGAGAUAGUGUUCGUAAUCCUCGAUUUCCUGGAAGAAAACCCUUGUGAUAAGAAGUCAUUCUCUCUAGUUUGCAGGUCAUUCUACGCCAUUGAAUCCCGUCACCGGAGAUUCCUGAAACCCCUGCGCUCGGAGCAUUUACCGAAGCUUUUGAUUCGAUAUCGCCAUGUUUCAAAUCUCGAUCUCUCGUUGUGUCCGAGGAUAACCGACGCCGCGCUCGGAGAGAUUUCCGGCGGCUGUAAGGAAAUGCUGAGGUCGAUUGAUCUUUCUAGGUCGAGGUUCUUCUCCCACGCGGGGCUGUCGAAUUUGGUGGCGAAUUGCUGCAAUUUGGUCGAGAUUGAUCUGUCGCACGCAACGGAGCUCAGGGACUCGGCGGCGGCGGUGGUGGCGGAGGCGAGGAAUUUGGAGAGGCUGUGGCUGGUGAGGUGUAAGUCGAUUACUGAUAUUGGGAUAGGAUGUAUUGCUGUGGGGUGUCGGAAAUUGAGGCUGCUUAGCUUGAAAUGGUGUUUGGGUGUGGGAGAUUUGGGGGUGGGAUUGAUUGCUGUCAAAUGUAAGGAGAUGAGGAGUUUGGAUCUCUCUUACUUGCCGAUCACCAAUAAAUGUUUGUCACAAAUAUUAGAGCUGCAACACCUCGAAGAUCUGGUUCUUGAAGGAUGUUUUGGGAUUGACGAUGACAGGCUCACAGCCCCGAAACUAGGAUGCAAAUCAUUGGAGACGCUUGAUAUGUCGAGCUGUCAGAAUGUGAGCCACGUUGGCUUGACUUCUCUAACCAGCGCUGCUGGAAGUCUGCGGCAGCUCAUCUUAUCAUAUGGCUCUCGUGUGGAUCUUGCUCUUGCUGAUAGUUUGCAGAGCCUCUCAACGUUGCAAUGCAUAAAACUCGAUGGCUGCCAGGUCACGUGCUCGGGGCUCAAGGCCGUUGGGCACUGGUGCGUCUCCUUGAAGGAGCUGAGCUUGAGCAAGUGUGUCGGGGUGACAGAUGAAGGGCUGUCCUCGCUCGUCACCAAGCAUAAACACUUGCAAAAGCUCAACAUCACCUGCUGCCGCAAGAUAACUCAUGUCUCGCUCGCCCACAUAACGAAUUCAUGCGCCUCCCUCGUCUCCCUCAAGAUGGAAUCCUGCUCCUCGGUCCCUGCUGAAGCUUUUGUCUUGGUAGGGCAGCGCUGCCAGCUUCUCGAGGAGCUCGACCUCACUGACAACGAAGUAGAUGAUGAAGGCCUCAAGUCCAUCUCGAGCUGCUCGCAGCUCUCGAGCAUUAAGUUGGGGAUCUGCCUGAAUAUAACCGACGAGGGCCCUACGCAGAUUGGCCUUUCGUGUUCGAAGCUCAAAGAGAUAGACUUAUACAGAUCAGCUGGGAUUACAGAUUCGAGCAUUCUAGCCAUUGCUCGUGGCUGCCCCGGCCUUGAAAUGAUCAACAUAGCCUAUUGUACGUCCAUAUCCGAUAGCUCCUUGAUAGCCUUAUCGAAAUGCACGAAGAUGAAUACGCUAGAGAGUCGAGGAUGCCCCCUUGUCACGUCGUUGGGCCUAGCUGCCAUCGCUGUCGGAUGCAAGCAACUCACGAGAUUAGACGUAAAGAAGUGUCGGAACGUAGACGAUGGGGGAAUGAUCUCUCUCGCUCACUUCUCCCGGAACCUCAAACAGAUAAAUUUAUCCUACACGAGCGUUACGGACUUAGGGCUCCUGUCGCUCGCGAGGAUCAGCUGCCUGCAGAGCAUGACCCUCCUCCACCGGGAGGGCUUGACUCCGGGAGGACUAGCCGCUGCCCUCUUGGCGUGCAGCGGGCUGACAAAGGUGAAGCUUCAGGCGUCGUUCAAGUCAUUGUUGCCACCUCGUCUCUUUGAGCAUUUGGAGGCCCGCGGCUGCUCGUUCCAGUGGAGCGAAAAGGUGCUUCAGGCUGAAUUGGAUCCUAAGUGUUGGAAACUACAGUUGGUAGAUUCGGAGGAGUAGGUGAUCUCAUGAUACAACGACGUAUUGGAUCUGUAAAUUAUGAUGAUUGAUGAUAAUAGUUAGAACAAAUUUUUUGUAGUGAAGAUUUUGAUUCUCUUCUGACCACCAAUUUUUUGACAAAACGGUGGAGAAGACUGUCGUAUCGAUGUUUCUAAAUAUCAGUAUCACCUAAAUCGGUGUUCGGUUACCGUUAAAUUUACGGAUGGACGUUCAAAUAUAUAGAUAUUUGGGUUAAUAGUGUUUUCCGUCUC